AUGGCUGAUAAAAGAGCAAAAAAAGCUGCUCAACGAGCUACUAGUAAUGUUUUUACUAUGUUUGAACAAAAACAAGUCCAAGAAUUUAAAGAAGCAUUUGGUUUAAUGGAUCAAGAUCGAGAUGGGUCGAUUUCGUUGGAUGAUCUAAAAGAAGUUUAUUCAUCUUUAGGUAAAGCACCAAAAGAAUCUGAUCUUAAACAAAUGCUUGAAGAAACUGGUGGACCGGUGAAUUUUACAAAAUUAUUAACACUUUUUGGUGAUCGACUUAAUGGUACUGAUGCUGAAGAUAUUUUAAUGACUGCUUUUAAAACAUUCGAUGAAGAUACAAAGGGUUUUCUCUAUCGAGACAAUCUUCAAGAAUUGUUAACUUCUAUGGGAAAACCUAAUGAAAGGCUAUCCGAUAUUGAGUUCAACCAAAUGCUUGAGGGUGCACCAAUUGAUGCAAAAGGUGUUCUCGAUUAUGCUGCAUUCACUAAACUAAUAAAACGUGGCAAAGAAGAUGAUUAA